AUGCUUAGGAUUCAAUUUACAUUAAAAGAACACGUGACUAGACUGGAAGAUCAGGAAAAAAACCUGCUUCAGUCCAAAACUUCAGAGACCUGUGUCAUCUGCAAUUUCCGAGGCUCGGUGACUCAGGGUUUGGCUCUGGAGGUGGGAGAGACGGUUCAGAUUCUGGAAAAGUGUGAAGGAUGGUACAGAGGAUUCUCAACAAAGAAGCCAAAUGUCAAGGGAGUUUUUCCUGCCAGCUACAUUCACUUGAAGAAAGCCAUCGUCACCAAUCGAGGACCACAUGAGACGGUGGUGCCUCUUGAAGACCCCAUUGUUACAGAGGUGACAUCAACGCUUCAAGAAUGGGCUCUACUAUGGAAACAGCUCUAUGUGACGUACAACUGGGGCAGGGUGUCUCUAAUGGAAGAGAGCUUGAGUUCAUUCCCCACUAGAAUAAAUGUGAUUCAUAUAAAAUCUUCAAUCUUCCCUUUUUCUGUCCAUCAGAGACACAAGGUGGAUCUGUUCUACAAGGUUCGCCACGUAAUGAUGGAGCUGAUCGACCUGAGAAGGCAGCUUCUGUCUGGCCACCUGACCCAAGACCAGAGCAGAGAUGUCAAGAGACACAUCACCGUCAGACUGGACUGGGGCAACGAACACCUGGGUCUUGACUUGGUGCCAAGGAAGGAGUUUGACAUGGUUGAUGAGGACCAAAUUAGUGUUUCAGAUCUUUAUAAGAUGCAUUUGUCCAGCAGACACAGUGUCCAGCAAAGCACCACACAGGGCGAAAAUAGCCGACAGCGACACGGGGAGCCCUGCAGGGUUCCAGUCCCUCACCACCUGCUGGUCAACCUGAAGAGCUUCACCUACAACAGCAUAGGAGAAGACACCGACAUCUUCUUCUGUCUGUACGACCUGAGGGAGGGAAAGACCAUCAGUGAAAAGUUCAUGGUGAGACUGAACAAAAACGGAGGACCAAAGAAUCCAGAGAAGGUGGACAGGCUGUGCGCUCUCUUCACGGACCUGAGCAACAAAGACAUGAAGAGAGAUCUCUACAUUGUGUCACAAGUUAUUCGAACAGGUCGCAUGCUGCUGAAUGACAGUAAGAAAGGCCCCCCGCACGUCCAGUACCGCCGGCCGUACGGCUGCGCGGUGCUGGCCAUGAGCGAUGUGCUGCAAACCAUCUCAGAGCUCAAAGAGGAGAAAGACUUUGUUCUUAAAGUCUACACGUGCAACAAUGAGAACGAAUGGUAUCAGAUCCAUGAGAACAUCAUCCGCAAGUCCAGUACAAAAUACACUGCACCGAGCACCAACUACGGUCUGAUCAUCUCCUUGCAGCUGCUGAGGGGCGACAUGGAGCAGGUCCGCAGAGAAAACCCUCUCAUUUUCACCAGAGGUGUGGCCAUCACACGGAAACUUGGCUUCCCUGACGUCAUCAUGCCAGGUGACAUCCGUAAUGAUCUCUAUCUGACACUGGAGCGAGGGGACUUUGAGAGAGGAGGAAAGAGCGUCCAGAAGAACAUUGAAGUGACCAUGUAUGUCCUCUACGCGGAUGGAGAAAUCCUUAAGGACUGCAUCAGUCUGGGUUCAGGAGAGCCCAACAUGCCAGAGUACCGCUCCUUCGUUCUCUACCACAACAACGGCCCCCGCUGGAGUGAAGUGGUGAAGCUGCCCAUCCCCAUCGAUCGUUUCAGGGGGUCCCACCUACGCUUCGAGUUCAGACACUGCUCCACAAAGGACAAAGGAGAGAAAAAGCUGUUUGGCUUUGCCUUCACUCCUCUGAUGAGGGAGGAUGGAACCACUCUAUCUGACGAGAGCCACGAGCUCUAUGUCUACAAGUGUGAUGAGAACACAACCUUCAGUAACCACGCCCUUUACCUGGGCCUGCCCUGCUGUAAGGAGGACUUCAACAGCUGUCCCAGCAUCCCGUCCAGUCUCAUCUUUCAGCGCAGCAUCAAGGAGACCUUCUGCAUCUCCACACAGCUCUCCUCCACCAAGCUCACCCAGAACGUGGACCUCCUGGCCCUGCUGAAGUGGAAGGCCCAUCCUGACCGGGUCAUGGACAUCCUUGGGCGUCUUCGACACGUCAGUGGAGAAGAGAUAGUCAAGUUUCUUCAAGAUAUAUUGGACACUUUAUUCUCCAUCUUGGAUGACAACACAGACAAAUAUGGACCUCUGGUAUUCCAGUCGUUGGUGUUCAUCAUAAACCUGCUCAGAGACAGUAAAUACUACCAUUUCAGACCGGUGAUGGACACAUAUAUCCAGAAACACUUUGCUGGUGCUCUGGCCUACAAGGAGCUGAUACGCUGUCUGAAAUGGUACAUGGACCGUUCUGCUGAGGUGAUCAGACAGGACCACAUUCAGGAAGCCAUGAGGGCGCUGGAGUAUCUGUUUAAGUUUAUUGUCCAGUCUCGGAUCCUUUACUCUCGGGCCACUUGUGGUAUGGAGGAGGAGCAGUUUCGCAACAGCAUCCAGGAGCUCUUCCAGUCCAUCCGCUUCGUCCUCAGCCUGGACAGCCGCAACUCGGAGACCCUAAUCUUCACUCAGGGCUCCCAGCCUUGCCCAGGCCCAAACCCAGCCCCUGGCCCUGGCAUUGGGCCUCCUGCACACUUAGCACUAGUACCUGCCCUGGGCCAAACGCAGCCCCCUGCCCCAGGACAGGUUCCUGGCAGCGGGCAAGGCAACUGUUCUCAGGCCUUGAGCUCCAACGCUCCGCGGCCACCUCCACUGUCAGCCGCACUUCUGAACUCGUUUCCGGCUAUUUUUGAUGAGCUGCUGCAGAUGUUUACCGUGCAAGAGGUUGCAGAGUUUGUGCGCGGUACUCUGGGCAGCAUGCCAUCCACAGUGCACAUAGGACAGUCCAUGGAUGUGGUCAAACUGCAGUCCAUAGCUCGGACCGUGGACAGCAGACUCUUCUCCUUCCCAGAGUCUCGAAGGAUUCUUCUUCCAGUGGUCCUGCAUCACAUUCAUCUCCAUCUGAGGCAGCAGAAAGAGCUGCUCAUCUGCUCCGGAAUACUCAGCUCCAUAUUCUCCAUCAUCAAGUCCAGCUCACUGGACACAUCAGUGCAGGAGGAGGUGGAGAUGAUGGUGGAGUCCCUGUUGGAUGUCCUCCUGCAGACCCUUUUGUCAAUCAUGAGCAAGAGCCAAUCGCAGGAGGCGGUAAGGGGUCAACGCUGUCCGCAGUGCACCGCGGAGAUCACUGGAGAGUAUGUGUCCUGCCUCCUGUCGCUUCUUCGCCAGAUGACAGACAUCCACUUUCAACACUUGAUGGAAAACUUUCAGAGCAAGGAGGAGCUCAAGGAAUUCUUCCUGAAGAUCUUGUGUGUGUUCAGAAAUCUGAUGAAGCUCAGUAUCUUUCCACGUGACUGGAACAUCAUGAGGCUGCUCACCAGCAACAUCAUCCUGACCACAGCCCAGUACCUUUCUCCUGCUUUGCACAAGAGCUUUACCGAAACAGACUUUGACUUUAAGGUGUGGAACUCCUACUUCAGUCUGGCGGUACUUUACAUCAACCAGCCAAGUUUACAGCUUGAAAACUUGAGUCCUGCUAAGAGGAAGAAGGUCUUAGACAAGUAUGGUGACAUGAGAGUGAUGAUGACCUAUGAGCUUUUCAGCAUGUGGCAGAAUCUGGGUGAGAAUAAGAUCCAUUUCAUCCCUGGGAUGAUUGGUCCAUUCCUGGGGGUGACUUUAGUACCUCAGGUUGAGGUGAGAAACAUCAUGAUUCCAAUCUUCCAUGACAUGAUGGACUGGGAGCAACGCAAAAACGGAAACUUCAAACAGGUGGAGGCUGAGCUGAUUGACAAACUGGAUAGUUUGGUGUCCGAGGGGAAAGGUGAUGAGAACUACAGAGAGCUCUUCGGUUUGCUUACUCAGCUGUUUGGGCCCUACCCCAGUCUGUUGGAGAAGAUUGAGCAGGAGACUUGGAGAGAGACGGGCAUCUCUUUCGUUACCUCCGUCACAAGACUGAUGGAGCGACUCCUGGACUACCGGGACUGCAUGAAGGGAGAUGAGACGGAAAACAAGAAGAUUGGCUGCACUGUCAACCUCCUGAAUUUUUACAAGUCUGAAAUUAACAAAGAGGAGAUGUACAUCCGCUACAUCCACAAACUGUGUGACAUGCACCUCCAGGCAGAGAACUACACGGGUGCGCCGCAGGCCAAAAGCCACACGUGCACUCAGAAGGCCGCCUUCACACUGCUGCUGUACUGGGAGCUGCUACACUGGGACGAGCGGCCUCUGAAGGAGUUUCUGCAUUAUCCUGCUCAGACUGAGUGGCACCGCAAGGAGGGGCUCUGCCGCAAGGUCAUCCACUACUUCAACAAAGGAAAGUGUUGGGAGUACGGCAUUCCUCUGUGCAGGGAGUUGGCCUUUCAGUAUGAAUCUCUGUAUGAUUACCAGAGCCUCAGUUGGAUACGGAAAAUGGAAGCCGCAUAUUAUGACAAUAUUAUGGAGCAGCAACGUCUGGAGCCGGAGUUCUUCAGGGUGGGAUUCUACGGCAGGAAGUUCCCUUUCUUCCUCAGAAACAAAGAGUUUGUCUGCCGGGGCCAUGACUAUGAAAGGUUGGAGGCUUUCCAGCAGAGGAUGCUGGGAGAAUUUCCACAAGCUAUUGCAAUGCAGCACCCGAAUCAACCAGAUGAGGCCAUUCUGCAGUGUGAUGCUCAGUAUCUCCAGAUCUAUGCUGUAACACCAGUUCCAGACAGCGUCAGCGUGCUUCAGAUGGACAGAGUCCCAGAUCGCAUCAAGAGCUUCUAUCGGGUCAACAACGUUCGGCGAUUCCGUUACGACCGGCCCUUCCACAAAGGACCCAAAGACAGAGACAACGAGUUCAAGAGUCUCUGGAUAGAGAGGACAACACUGAUCCUCACACACCCUCUGCCUGGAAUUUCUCGCUGGUUUGAGGUCGAUAAGAGAGAACUGGUGGAGGUGAGUCCACUAGAAAACGCCAUUUCAGUGGUGGAGAAUAAGAACCAGGAGCUGCGGACUCUGAUCAGCCAGUACCAGCACAAGCAGCUGCACGGCAACAUCAACCUGCUCAGCAUGACGCUGAACGGAGUCAUAGAUGCUGCCGUCAAUGGAGGCAUCGCCAGAUACCAAGAGGCUUUCUUUGAUAAGGACUACAUCACCAGCCACCCGGAGGACACAGAGAAGAUCACACAGCUCAAAGACCUGAUGCAGGAACAGGUCCACAUCCUUGGAGUUGGCUUGGCCGUCCAUGAGAAGCUGGUGCACCCGGAAAUGCGUCCCCUGCACAAAAAGCUGAUAGACCAGUUCCAGAUGAUGAGGAGCAGCCUGUGUCAUCGUGAAUAUUCAGAGCAGUGCUUCUUUGUUGCACUGCAGGGUCUUCCUGGGCUGGACAAGUCCGUUUCAGGAGCGAACACACACAGAGGGAUCCUGGCCUCUCACAACCCCAUGAGCCCCGAGGGCUUCAAACUCGUGCACCGACACAGUUCCAUUGCUGUUUUGACUCCAGUUCGCAUUUCCUCCCCCACUCUCUCCUCUCACAACUCCAGUGAGACAGGAAAUCUUCUGAUCCUGGCUGAUGGCAUGGUGGUCGAGCAUCCUGAGGACUUCUAUCGCAUGCAGGCAAGCCCCUCCUCGUCCAGUCUUAGCUCCACCCACUCCGCACCCUCACAGAUGAUAAACACCAUCCCCUCGGCUAUUAGAGUCGGCUCUCCUUCUCUGCCGGACAAAUACAGACACAACAGAGAAAUGCUGAUGCUGCUGCCGCCACACAGAGAGCGGCCGAGCAGUGCCAUGUACUCCAACAUCACUGAGAAUGGACAGCUGCCAAACUUCCAGCGGGCUUUGUUCCAUCAGGUGAUCGGUCCAUGCAAACCCUGCAGUGACCCCAACCUCUCUGUGGCAGAGAAAGUCCUCACCACUCCAAGCAGCUGGAGUUUGGACAGCGGAACCAGAGAAGCUCUCCCAUUCCUCUCCUCUCACGUAGGCAGUGUCAUGGCCCCCCCGGUUCCACCACGCAACACACCUCACGGGCAACACCUGUCGAUGCACUUUGACGCUUUCCACCACCAGAUCAGCGAACUCCCUCCAGCUCUCCCUGCGCGCUCCUUAAGAAAGUCCCCCCUGCACCCUAUACCUGCCUCGCCCACCAGUCCACAGUCCAUCCUGGAUGGCAGUAACUCUACACUGUCGGGCAGUGCCAGCUCUGGGGUCUCCUCCCUCAGUGAGAGCAACUUUGGCGGCCCCGCCUCAUCCUGCGACCCCCCAGCCAGCCGCACAGACACCUUGGAGUCUGUCCCCAGCAGCCAGGCCUGGACCACCGACCAGGAAGACCUGGACUCCCCUUACCAACCGGUCAGGUACAGCAUGUCUGAGCCUGACGUCCUCGAUGGAGUCAAGCCCCCCCCCUGCCGCAGCAACUCCGCCCCGGGCGGCGUCAAUCCAGCCCAGAUGGGGGGCCAAAUCCAGCCUCAGGCUUCGUCUCUGGCCUCCACUGGAGCUCAUCAGCACCAGCAGCCAGAGGGGCCUCCACACCCCCAACACCACUUCUACCACCACCACUUCCACCCACACUACCUCCCCCACCACCCGCCCCUCUACCACCUCCAUGAGCCCCCUCCAGCCCUGCCCCCUAAACCCUACCUCAGAGAGGGCUGCAUCCCUGAGGAGGACCCCCUGAUGAGCCAGUCUGGACCACCGGCCCCCCCCGCUCCGCGGCCAAUGCCGCGCAAGAUCUCCCAGCCCUUGAUCGCUGCGACCAAGGACGAACAGGCCAAGGUGGCGUGGGAGCACGGCAUCGGGGAGUGA